GUAAUCAGGAGAGUCUCAGCCGUCAGGUGUUGACACUGUGGCUAGCUAAAGAGGUGGGAAAAUGAAGGCAGCUGAGCACGGGACGCGGCAUAAAAUCACCUACGCCCUCACCACUUCCUGCUUCCUGAGAAGUCCUGUGCCGGGGGUCUGCUCAGAUGAGGGUCUCCCUGGCUUCGGGGAUCUCGUUUCUCCUUGCUGCCUUGAUUUGGCCUUGCGCUGAGAACAUCUAUGUGGAAAUAAGUUGUUCUAUGGACUGGGUGAUGGUCUCUGUUAGCCCGUGUGCAUACAGCAGCAAUCUGUAUAUAUUUGCUGAUGAGUUGUUUCUUGGAUCAGGUUGCCCUGUGACUCGGAUACAAACAUAUGUGUAUGAUUUUAUAUACCCUGUCCAUGACUGUGGGAUCAGGACAAAGGUUGUUUCAGAAGAUACUCUCCUUUUUCAAACAGAGAUGUACUUUAACCCCAGGAAUACACAUUAUGACUGUCAGAAAAUCCCUUUGGAGUGUUCUGCCUCUAGGAAAUCAGUGUGGCUCACACCCGUUUCUACAGAUAAUGAAAUCAAAUUGGAUCCCAGUCCUUUUAUUGCUGACUUUGAGACAACACCAGAGGAGUUAGGAUUAUUAAAUUCUAGUCAAACUGAUUGCAUACUUAAGGAGAAAUUGAAACUUGGAACUGGUAUCAUGAAUUUUGUUGGGAAAACAAUGGUUCUGUACAAAAAUAAUUGA